AUGAAGCCCGCGCAGGAGCGCUUGCAGGCAAAGCUUCGGGAGUUCCUCCCCAGGAUGUCCAGACCCAGAUGUACAGUACUCAUGGGCGCCAGGCCAAUUGAUCGGCAUACCCACCCGGAGAUUGUGCUGGAACUCUUGGGGGAAGAUCUGGCUCUGCCCGUCAGAUGGAAGGACACUGUGGAGGCCCUGGGCCGAUGCGGCCUGGAAGACAUCUUCGAGUGUGGACCCUCGAAGGAGCUCAAGGCCAGCAUGAAGCGAAUCGACAACGACAUCUGGUCACGAACCUGCAAUGUGGAGGUUUGA